GCCACUUUCAAACUCAAAACCCUCCUUAAACCCAACCCUUUCCGCCAUACCACGCUCCGACUCCCAAUUCUAGAGAGAGAAAAUGCCGCUCGGAGAGAGAUAUGGCGGCGACAAGAGUGAAUCUCGCUACUGCGGCAUCGAGACGGAGUUCGACGAUGACAUGCCCAAUCUCCUCUCCUACAAUGUUCAUGGCGGCUUCGAUUUCGUCCUUGCUACUCUCAUGGAUCCUAAAUAUAGGCCUAGCCUAGUGGACAGUGAUACUAGCAGAUCAUCUGCUCUGCCAUUUGCUGGGUCAGACUUGGUCCUAAGUCCGUCACAGUGGAGCAGUCAUGUUGUUGGCAAAAUUAGCUCAUGGAUUGACUUGGAUUCUGAAGAUGAAACACUUCGCCAGGAUUCUGAGAUUACAUUGAAGCAAGAAAUAGCUUGGGCUUCUCAUCUAUCUUUGCAGGCUUGUAUUCUGCCUACGCCUAAGGGAUCUUCUUGUGCUAAUUAUGCGAGAUGUUUGAAUCAGAUUUUACAGAACUUAGGUGGUAUGCAGUUGUGGCUUAGGAUUCCAAUGGUGAAGCCUGAAGAUGGCAUUGAGGCUGGGAACCCAGAGUACAUGGGUGAAGGGGAUGUUGAUUCAUGGGAACUGUGGAAUUCCUUUCGGCUUCUGUGCGAACAUCACAGCCAGCUCUCAGUUGCCCUUGAUAUUUUGUCCUCAGUACCUUCUGCAUCCUCAGUUGCACGAUGGUUUGGAGAGCCUGUUAGGGCUGCUAUAAUCAAUACAAAUACUUUUCUAACCAAUGCGAAGGGAUAUCCUUGUCUAUCAAAGCGUCACCAGAGAUUAAUAACUGCAUUUUUCGAUCACUCAGUUCAGGUAGUGAUUUCCGGCCAACCGGUACACAAGAUACCUGUGGCUACUUCUGCAUCAAAUGUUGACACCCAAAAUGAGGUAGGAGGUUGGAGACACCCCUUGAAGGCAUACUUAGACUAUGUUGCUUUCCUUUAUCAAAAAAUGGACCCUCUUCCCGAACAGGAGCGCUUUGAGCUUGGAUACAGAGAUUAUCUACAAUCACCCUUACAGCCUCUCAUGGAUAAUUUGGAGGCCCAGACAUAUGAAAUAUUUGAAAAGGACACUGUUAAAUAUAGCCAGUAUCAAAGAGCAGUUGCUAAAGCAUUGGUUGACCGGGUUCGUGAUGAAGAUGCUUCUAGAGUAACCACUGUGUUGAUGGUUGUGGGUGCUGGUCGAGGGCCUCUUGUCCGAGCAUCACUGCAGGCAGCUGAAGAAACAGAGCGAAAAUUGAAAGUAUAUGCUGUGGAAAAGAAUCCCAAUGCUGUAGUAACCCUUCAUAGUUUGGUCAAGCUAGAGGGUUGGGAACAAACUGUUACCAUUAUAUCCAGUGACAUGCGUGAUUGGGAUGCACCUGAGAAAGCUGACAUAUUGGUCAGUGAGUUGCUAGGAUCUUUUGGUGACAAUGAGCUCUCUCCUGAGUGCCUUGAUGGAGCCCAAAGGUUUUUGAAGGAAGAUGGAAUUUCAAUCCCAUCAUCGUAUACAAGUUACAUCCAACCGGUGACUGCUUGCAAACUUUACAAUGAUAUCAAGUCACAUAAAGAUCUUGUGCACUUUGAAACUCCAUACGUGGUGAAGCUGCAUCGUGUUGCCAGGCUUGCAAAUACUCAACCUGUAUUCACAUUCACCCAUCCAGAACACUCAGCUAAGCCAAACAAUCAGCGCUACAAAAAGCUUCAGUUUGAUAUUCCUGAAGACACGGGCGCAACCUUGAUUCAUGGUUUUGCAGGUUAUUUUGAUGCAACACUUUACAAAGAUGUACAUCUUGGUAUUGAACCGUCCACAGCUACCCCAAACAUGUUUAGCUGGUUCCCAAUAUUUUUUCCAUUAAGGGCACCAUUAUAUGUUAAACCCGGUAAUCCUUUAGAAGUUCAUUUCUGGCGCUGUUGUGGUCCUACCAAGGUAUGGUACGAGUGGUCUGUGACUGCUCCAUCAGCUUCACCGUUGCACAACACCAAUGGUCGCUCUUACUGGGUCGGACUGUAGGUGAAAUUUCAAAGUUUUGGGCACGGUGUUUGUUCCGGAGAGAGCUUGGGUUCAAAUGCAAGAUGGUGAUGUUGUAUACUAGUGAGAGGUGUCUAGAGGUAUAGAUUGCCUUCAUUGUGAAAUUUAGUAGGUAACUGUUAUCUUGUUCUAGUUAUCUGGCAUUUGCCGUUUAUACAAACCAGCAGAAAUGCGUUGUGUCGUUGGAAACGUUUUGGAUAAUUCUUGAUCAGAUGGAGUAAUACUUUAGCCAUCUUUAAUGUAUUCUACUAGUAUUUUUUUGACA